UCAGCACUUCUAAAGCCCUGCUUUCUCCCAGUGGCUUCACUUGGCCUUCAGACAUAAUGAGGAGACUGGCUUUUCGAGGAGCUGGUUGUGCUCUGGUAAAGCUGAAGAAGUUGGAUUCCAUGGGUUCCAAGAGAAGAAGAGCUACCUCCCCUUCCAGUAGUGUCAGUGGGGACUUUGAUGAUGGGCACCAUUCUUUGUCUACACCAGGCCCAAGCAGGAAAAGGAGGAGACUUUCCAGUCUUCCGACUGUAGACCCUAUUGCUGUGUGCCAUGAACUCUACAACACCAUCCGAGACUAUAAGGAUGAGCAGGGGAGGCUCCUCUGUGAGCUCUUCAUUAGGGCACCAAAACGAAGAAAUCAACCAGACUAUUAUGAAGUGGUUUCUCAGCCCAUUGACUUGAUGAAGAUCCAACAGAAACUAAAAAUGGAAGAGUAUGAUGAUGUUAAUCUGCUUACUGCUGACUUCCAGCUGCUUUUUAACAAUGCAAAGGCCUAUUAUAAGCCAGAUUCUCCUGAAUAUAAAGCUGCUUGCAAACUUUGGGAUUUGUACCUUCGAACAAGAAAUGAGUUUGUUCAGAAAGGAGAAGCAGAUGACGAAGAUGAUGAUGAAGAUGGGCAGGACAGUCAAGGCGCAGUGACGGAAGGAUCUUCUCCAGGUUACUUGAAGGAGAUCCUGGAGCAGCUUCUUGAAGCCAUAGUUGUAGCCACAAAUCCAUCAGGACGUCUCAUUAGCGAACUUUUUCAGAAGCUGCCUUCUAAAGUGCAAUAUCCAGACUAUUAUGCAAUUAUUAAGGAGCCUAUAGAUCUCAAGACCAUUGCCCAGAGGAUACAGAAUGGAAGCUACAAGAGUAUUCAUGCAAUGGCCAAAGAUAUAGAUCUCCUAGCAAAAAAUGCCAAAACCUACAAUGAGCCUGGUUCUCAAGUAUUCAAGGAUGCAAAUUCUAUUAAAAAAAUAUUUUAUAUGAAAAAGGCAGAAAUUGAACAUGAAAUGACGAAGUCAAGCCUUCGAAUGAGGACUUCAUCAAAUUUGGCUGCAACCAGGCUGACAGGUCCUUCGCACAGUAAAGGCAGCCUUGGUGAAGAGAGAAAUCCCACUAGCAAGUAUUACCGUAAUAAAAGAGCAGUCCAAGGGGGUCGUUUAUCUGCAAUUACCAUGGCACUUCAGUAUGGCUCAGAAAGUGAAGAGGACGCUGCUUUAGCUGCUGCGCGAUAUGAAGAAGGAGAAUCGGAAGCAGAGAGCAUUACUUCAUUUAUGGAUGUUUCAAAUCCUUUUUAUCAGCUUUAUGACACAGUUCGGAGCUGUCGGAAUAACCAAGGCCAGCUAAUAGCUGAACCUUUUUUCCAUUUGCCUUCAAAGAAAAAAUAUCCUGAUUAUUAUCAGCAAAUUAAAACACCCAUAUCACUACAACAGAUCAGAACAAAGCUAAAAAACCAAGAAUAUGAAACUUUAGAUCAUUUGGAGUGUGAUCUGAAUUUAAUGUUUGAAAAUGCCAAACGCUAUAAUGUUCCCAACUCGGCCAUCUACAAGCGAGUUCUAAAACUGCAGCAAGUCAUGCAGGCAAAGAAGAAAGAGCUUGCUAGGAGAGACGACAUUGAGGAUGGAGACAGCAUGAUUUCUUCAGCCACCUCUGAUACUGGUAGUGCCAAAAGAAAAAGGAACACUCUUGACAGUGAGAUGUUGGGUCUCAGGAGGCUCUCCAGUAAAAAGAACAUAAGAAAGCAGCGAAUGAAAAUCUUAUUCAAUGUUGUUCUUGAAGCUCGUGAGCCAGGCUCAGGCAGAAGACUUUGUGAUCUAUUUAUGGUUAAACCAUCCAAAAAGGACUAUCCUGAUUAUUAUAAAAUCAUCUUGGAGCCAAUGGACUUGAAAAUAAUUGAGCAUAACAUCCGCAAUGACAAAUAUGCGGGGGAGGAGGGAAUGAUAGAGGACAUGAAGCUGAUGUUCCGCAACGCCAGGCACUACAACGAGGAGGGGUCCCAGGUGUACAACGAUGCACACAUCCUGGAGAAGCUACUCAAGGAUAAAAGGAAAGAGCUGGGCCCACUCCCUGACGAUGAUGACAUGGCAUCUCCCAAACUCAAGCUGAGUAGGAAGAGUGGUAUUUCUCCUAAAAAAUCAAAAUACAUGACUCCAAUGCAGCAGAAACUAAAUGAAGUCUAUGAAGCUGUAAAGAACUACACUGAUAAGAGGGGUCGCCGCCUCAGUGCCAUUUUUCUGAGGCUUCCCUCCAGAUCCGAGCUGCCUGACUACUAUUUGACCAUUAAAAAGCCCAUGGACAUGGAAAAAAUUCGAAGUCACAUGAUGGCCAACAAAUACCAAGAUAUAGACUCCAUGGUUGAGGACUUCGUCAUGAUGUUUAACAACGCCUGUACAUACAAUGAGCCCGAGUCUUUGAUCUACAAAGAUGCCCUUGUCCUACACAAAGUCCUGCUUGAAACUCGGAGAGACUUAGAAGGAGAUGAGGACUCGCAUGUCCCAAACGUAACCUUGCUGAUUCAGGAGCUCAUCCAUAAUCUUUUUGUGUCAGUCAUGAGUCAUCAGGAUGAUGAAGGAAGAUGCUACAGUGACUCCUUAGCAGAAAUUCCUGCUGUGGAUCCCAGCUUUCCAAACAAACCUCCGCUUACUUUUGACAUAAUUAGGAAGAAUGUUGAAAAUAACCGCUACCGACGGCUUGAUUUAUUUCAAGAGCAUAUGUUUGAAGUAUUGGAGAGGGCAAGAAGGAUGAAUCGGACAGAUUCCGAAAUAUAUGAGGAUGCGGUAGAACUUCAGCAGUUUUUUAUUAAAAUUCGUGAUGAACUCUGCAAAAAUGGAGAGAUCCUUCUUUCACCAGCACUCAGCUAUACCACAAAACAUUUGCAUAAUGAUGUGGAGAAAGAAAAGAAGGAAAAACUGCCAAAAGAAAUAGAGGAAGAUAAACUAAAACGAGAAGAAGAAAAAAGAGAAGCUGAAAAGAGUGAAGAUUCCUCAGGAGCUGCAGGCCUCUCAGGCUUACAUCGCACAUACAGCCAGGACUGCAGCUUUAAGAACAGCAUGUACCAUGUUGGAGAUUACGUCUAUGUGGAGCCCUCAGAGGUCAAUCUACAACCUCAUAUCGUCUGUAUUGAGAGGCUGUGGGAAGAUUCUGCCGGUGAAAAAUGGUUAUAUGGCUGUUGGUUUUAUCGGCCAAAUGAAACAUUCCAUUUGGCUACACGGAAAUUUCUAGAAAAAGAAGUUUUUAAGAGUGACUAUUACAAUAAAGUUCCUGUUAGUAAAAUUCUAGGAAAAUGUGUGGUCAUGUUUGUCAAGGAAUACUUUAAAUUAUGCCCAGAAAAUUUUCGAGAUGAGGAUGUUUUUGUCUGUGAAUCACGAUAUUCUGCCAAAACCAAAUCUUUUAAGAAAAUUAAACUGUGGACCAUGCCCAUCAGCUCGGUUAGGUUUGUCCCUCGAGAUGUGCCCUUGCCUGUGGUCCGAGUGGCCUCUGUAUUUGCAAACGCAGAUAAAGGGGAUGAUGAGAAGAAUACAGACAACUCAGAGGACAGUCGAACUGAAGACAUUUGUAACUUGGAAAAGGAGAAAGAAGAUGUCCCUGUGGAAAUGUCGAAUGGUGAACCAGGUUGCCACUACUUUGAGCAGCUCCGGUAUAAUGACAUGUGGCUGAAGGUUGGCGACUGUGUCUUCAUCAAGUCCCAUGGGCUGGUGCGUCCUCGUGUCGGCAGAAUUGAAAAGGUAUGGGUCCGAGAUGGAGCUGCAUAUUUUUACGGCCCCAUCUUCAUUCACCCAGAAGAGACAGAACAUGAGCCAACAAAAAUGUUCUACAAGAAAGAAGUGUUUUUGAGUAAUCUGGAAGAAACCUGCCCCAUGACAUGUAUUCUAGGAAAAUGUGCUGUGUUGUCAUUCAAGGACUUCCUCUCCUGCAGGCCAACUGAAAUUCCAGAAAAUGACAUUCUGCUUUGUGAGAGCCGCUACAACGAGAGUGACAAGCAGAUGAAGAAAUUUAAGGGACUGAAGAGGUUUUCACUCUCUGCUAAAGUGGUAGAUGAUGAAAUUUACUACUUCAGAAAACCGAUUGUUCCUCAGAAGGAGCCCUCACCUUUAUUGGAAAAGAAGAUCCAGUUGCUAGAAGCUAAAUUUGCUGAGUUAGAAGGUGGAGAUGAUGAUAUUGAAGAGAUGGGAGAAGAGGAUAGUGAGGUCAUUGAGCCUCCUUCUCUACCUCAACUUCAGACUCCCCUGGCCAGUGAGCUGGAUCUCAUGCCCUACACACCCCCACAGUCUACGCCCAAAUCUGCCAAAGGCAGUGCAAAGAAGGAAGGAUCGAAGCGAAAGAUCAACAUGAGUGGCUACAUCCUGUUCAGCAGUGAGAUGAGAGCUGUGAUUAAGGCCCAGCACCCAGACUAUUCUUUUGGGGAGCUCAGCCGACUGGUGGGGACGGAGUGGAGAAACCUUGAGACAGCCAAGAAAGCGGAAUAUGAAGAGCGGGCAGCUAAAGUUGCUGAGCAGCAGGAGAGAGAGCGAGCAGCACAGCAACAGCAGCCGAGUGCUUCUCCCCGAGCAGGCGCCCCUGUGGGGGCUCUCAUGGGGGUGGUGCCACCACCAACACCAAUGGGGAUGCUCAAUCAGCAGUUGACACCUGUUGCAGGCAUGAUGGGUGGCUAUCCGCCAGGCCUUCCACCUUUGCAGGGCCCAGUUGAUGGCCUUGUUAGCAUGGGCAGCAUGCAGCCACUUCACCCUGGGGGGCCUCCACCCCACCAUCUUCCGCCAGGUGUGCCCGGCCUCCCGGGCAUCCCACCACCGGGUGUGAUGAACCAAGGAGUGGCCCCUAUGGUAGGGACUCCAGCGCCAGGUGGAAGUCCGUAUGGACAGCAGGUAGGUGUCCUGGGGCCUCCAGGGCAGCAGGCACCACCUCCGUACCCUGGCCCACAUCCUGCUGGCCCCCCUGUCAUACAGCAGCCGACAACACCCAUGUUUGUGGCUCCCCCACCGAAGACCCAACGGCUUCUCCACUCAGAGGCCUACCUAAAGUACAUUGAAGGGCUCAGUGCUGAGUCCAGCAGCAUUAGCAAGUGGGACCAGACGCUGGCAGCUCGAAGACGUGAUGUCCAUCUGUCAAAAGAACAGGAGAGCCGCCUUCCCUCUCACUGGCUAAAAAGUAAAGGGGCCCACACCACCAUGGCAGAUGCCCUAUGGCGCCUUCGAGAUCUGAUGCUCCGAGACACCCUCAACAUUCGCCAAGCAUACAAUCUAGAAAACCUUUAAUCACGUCAAUUACGUUUCUUUUAUAGAAGCAUAAAGAGUUUUGUGGAACAGUAGCCAUUUUAGUUACUGGGGGUGGGGGGAGAUAAAAAGGAUCACAAUUUUUAUUGCAUUUUACUGUACAUCACAAGGCCAUUUUUA